CGGUGUUUACGCUCCAGGGGACUUCAAGGCUCCUACUUACAGAAUCGUUUUACCGGAUCCAAAUUCGUCCAAAUCGGGCAGAGGCUUCCACGGGGUCAGAGAAGAGAUAGUCAAUGAAUCUUACGACCGACAGGCCAUCGAUGACCUUUUGGAUAAGCUCAAAAGCAUGGUCAACAGUGUGAAUGGACCCCGAGCGAUUCGACACAUUCGAAACCCUUUUGGACACCAAGAUGAAGGCAUUCGGAUUGUAUGGCCUGAUCAAGGUGAAAAUGGAGAUCGAGAGAUGGCAGAUUGGCCCCGUCGUGAUGCGCUGCUCAGCCAGGGCAGGAGAGUCAGAGCGACCGAGGGUGACGUGUACUCUUUGAGUGCUUUAGAUGAUCCCUUUGCCUCCCAUUUGGGUCCUAGACCGGCGACCGGUGAAUGUCAGGGCGGUGUCGGCGGCAUGUGGCCCCUUGUCCCACGGAUGUCAACUGUUGACAUCACGAUGGGACAUCAAUGAACG